AUGUGGGAAACGUCAGCUAGCCGGACGGCUGCGGACCUGGACGUGCAUGGAGGACCACUGCGGACCUGGACGUGCAUGGAGGACGGCUGCGGACCUGGAAGAGCUUGGAGGACGGCUGCGGACCUGGAUGUGCAUGGAGGACAGUUGCGGACCUGGAAGAGCUUGGAGGACGGCUGCGGACCUGCACGUGCAUGGAGGACGGCUGCGGACCUGGACGUGCAUGGAGGACGGCUGCGGGCCUGGAAGAGCAUGGAGGACGGCUGCGGACCUGGAACAGCAUGGAGGACGGCUGCGGACCUGGAACAGCAUGGAGGACGGCUGCGGACCUGGACGUGCAUGGAGGACGGCUGCGGACCUGAAAGAGCAAGGAGGACGGCUGCGGACCUGGACGUGCAUGGAGGACGGCUGCGGACCUGGACGUGCAUGGAGGACGGCUGCGGGCCUGGAAGAGCAUGGAGGACGGCUGCGGACCCUGAGGUGCAUGGAGGACGGCUGCGGACCUGGAAGAGCAAGGAGGACGGCUGCGGACCUGGAAGAGCAUGGAGGACGGCUGCGGACCUGGACGUGCAUGGAGGACGGCUGCGGGCCUGGACGUGCAUGGAGGACGGCUGCGGACCUGGAAGAGCAUGGAGGACGGCUGCGGACCUGGACGUGCAUGGAGGUCGGCUGCGGACCUGGAAAAGCAUGGAGGUCGGCUGCGGACCUGGACGUGCAUGGAGGACGGUUGCGGACCUGGACGUGCAUGGAGGACGGCUACGGACCUGCACGUGCAUGGAGGACGGCUGCGGACCUGGACGUGCAUGGAGGACGGCUGCGGACCUGGAAGAGCAUGGAGGACGGCUGUGGACCUGGACGUGCAUGGAGGACGGCUGUGGACCUGGACGUGCAUGGAGGACGGCUGCGGACCUGGACAUGCAUGGAGGACGGCUGCGGACCCGGAAGAGCAUGGAGGACGGCUGCGGACCUGGACGUGCAUGGAGGACGGCUGCGGACUUGGACGUGCAUGGAAGACGGCUGCGGACCUGGACGUGCAUGGAGGACGGCUGCGGACCUGGACGUGCAUGGAGGACGGCUGCGGACCUGGACGUGCAUGGAGGACGCCUAGCAGAGAUCCUGCUGUCCUUAUGCUUCAGGCACAGAGACCUUGAAAGAAAACUGCAGUGCAGCAGAAAUUCCCGCCCCACUGUCAGAUGCUUCAUCUCAGAUCAGACAUUGAUGGGCAGCCUCAGCCUGCUC